UGGCCUUAGCAAAAUAAUUUGUAUAAUUUUAUUUUAUUUAACUUUUCGGUCUUCAAAAGUAUUGCAGGCUAUACGAGGAAUCGACGUCUCACAAAAUUAAAACGUUCAAUUUUUCUUGAGCUAUAGCAUCAUACUUAUAUAGUACAUACAUAUAUAGUACUGCAGUCAUGGCCUCUCCUAUAGUGGUGUUGAUUGCAAGUUUCGUGCACUUUGGGCUACGCAGUUCGUGUUUCCUGAAUAUAGAGCGAUUUACUCAUAUUCCGGGCACCGCCUACGCCGGACACAUCGCCUACUGUGCGCUGCUGCACUUUCUGUACGAUAUGGAACUGAUGCCAACUCGGUAUCAGCGACGCAUGAGCUGGCUCGCCUAUUUUCUUAUAGAACUGGUGCUUGGAAUCGCUGUCAUGGAGGUUUUUGCGCUUUGGCUUUGGUGCAACGUUGAGCAUCUUUGCCAUUUGGGGCUGCAGCAUCUGCUGAAGCGCUAUGGCAUGACGCCGCAGUUCUAUCAGGAGUGGGAGUGGGCCAUAAUGGGCACCAUAAUGACGGCACUCGCCACUCUACUUUGGAUAAAUGCGUUCGAGGCUACGAAUCCGUCAGAGAAGUUGCGACAGCAACAGGAGACACAGAAACCACAAUCUGCUAACUGAAUGGCUCUUUUCCCGAACUCUACUUUGAAAGCUGAUCGAAUUCUUUGAGUUCCUUCAAGUUUCCAGAUUUUUAUUUUUCGGCUGUGCCAAAUUAUAUAUAUACAUCGACUUCAAAGCCAUUCAAACCGUCAAAUUAAGGGACAAUAAAAAAGUACGAGUAAUAGGCUUCGCUUGCCAACUAAAA